AUGAAAUCUAUCAAUCUCCUAAAAAGGGGUGAUACAUUUCUUUGUCAAUCCAGAAAUGUCGUCUCUUUUUCACAAAGAAGCAAGGUCCCCUUAACGUCGCAGCUUCUGCCAUUUCUACAAUACAGAACCAGAUCGAAGCAAUUGAGUGGCCUUUCAAACCAUGUACGGUUCAACUCCGUAUUCCAAUCAAACAGUAGAGAUACUUUCUAUCGCAAUUUGAACUCUCGCUUGUCUUUGAUGUUCAAUGGAAAUCGCCACCAUCAGUCUAGAUCCGAUCACGGAGACAACCACUCGUUCAGAUAUGGAGCACUUCUUGGAGCAAUGACGAUCUAUGUUACACAAAACACAUAUUACAAUGACAUUCCAAACUCUCGUAAUAUCCAUAUAUUGAAGCCUGCGAAAGAUGCAGAAACAUUUGAGAGCGGGCUCUACAAACUGUCGAAGCAUGAACAAGAAAGAGUCAAGAAGGAGUAUCGUGAGUAUCAAUUGACUCGUCGGAAUUUUAUAGUGAGAUUUCUUUACCGUCUCAAAUUUGCAUUGGGUGAUUAUCUUGUUGAACCAAUUAUCACAUUCGCUAGGUUCCUUGAGCUCACCGUUCUCUUUCUUCCUCUUCUUCUCUCGGCACCAAUUUGUUGGUUGGGACCCCGCAACAAGAAAUCUAACGACCGUACUAGAGCAGGUGCGUAUCUUUGGUUCCGUUACUUGAGAUGGACUGCAGAGGUCGCUGGUGCUUCCUUCAUCAAGUUGAGUCAAUGGGCAGCUUCAAGAACGGAUAUAUUCCCAAGGCAAAUGUGCGUUGAAUUGGGUCAAUUGCACUCAAGCGCUACUCCACACUCGUUCUCUAAGACCAAGAAAAUCCUUGCUGCCAGUUUUGGAAUGCCUUUCGAAGAAAUCUUCUCUGAAUUCGAUGAAGUACCUGUUGGUGUGGGAGCAAUUGCACAGGUGUAUCUCGCGAAGCUCUCCGAGAAAGCUAUUGAAAAAGCACGUCAAGAGGAGAAUCAAGGUAUACAACUCACUCUCAAGCCUGAAAGCCAAGAACAUGAAGCAUUUUGGGACACAAUGGUCGUAACAGAACAGCUGGGAACACAAAUUCUGUCGCAUCAGGAGGUGGCUAUCAAGGUAUUGCAUCCAAACGUCGAAACUAAGAUUCACCGUGAUUUGCGUGUGAUGAAAUUUUUCGCUAAUCUCAUAGACAUCAUCCCUACUAUGGAAUGGCUCUCUUUGCCUGAUGAAGUUGAGCAAUUCGGUAUAUUGAUGCAACUCCAGCUAGAUCUUCGUAUCGAGGCCCUUAACUUGGCAAAGUUCAGACACAAUUUCAAGAACCGUUUAGAUAUCCAUUUCCCAAAGCCAUUUCUCAACUUCAGUACCAGGGAAGUUCUAGUUGAGGAGUACAUUAGUGCCAUUCCAAUGUCUAAGAUGCUUUCAUUGAACGACAAUUUCGGCAAAAACCUUUCAAAAGAGAUCAGUGACAAAGGUUUGGAUGCAUUUUUGCAAAUGUUGAUCUUGGACAAUUAUGUACAUGCUGAUUUGCAUCCGGGAAACAUGCUCGUGCGUUUCUACAAGAACGAGUUGUACAAACACGAAAAAGAGUAUAAAAUUGUGAAAUCCAGCAACGAAGCUGAAACAAACAGAAUCACCCAGGAGCUUUUGGCUUUAGGUGAUAACAAUGACGCUUGGUGCCACGAACUCAGUACAUUGUAUGAGCAAGGAUACCAUGCUGAGAUUUGUUUCCUAGAUGUUGGCCUCAUCACCGAGCUAAAUCAUGAGGAUCGUGUGAAUUUCAUAGACCUUUUCAAAGCCUUAUCAGAGUUUGAUGGGUACAGAGCUGGAGAACUUAUGGUCGAACGGUCGAGAACUCCAGACAUGGCCAUUAAUAAGGAGAUUUUUGCUCUCAAGGUUGAAAAAUUGGUCGAUAGAGUCAAGGAAAGAACAUUUACACUUGGAAACAUCAGCAUUGGAGAUCUUUUAGACCAAAUGUUGUCGAUGGUGAGAACACACCAUGUUCGCAUGGAAGGAGAUUUCAUCACAGUUGUCGUUGCUAUCCUACUUCUAGAAGGUAUCGGGCGACAACUAGACCCACAACUUGAUUUGUUUGCAAGGUUCGUAUACGCUUUAUUGUUUGGGUUUCCUACAUUUAAUAAUUUGAGUGGCAUUGAGUUGUGA